AUCGUUGUGGUUUUAUGUCGGCUCAGAUACGUCAUUGUGGUUUUAUGUCGGCUCAGAUACAUCGUUGUGGUUUUAUGUCGGCUCAGAUACAUCGUUGUGGUUUUAUGUCGGCUCAGAUACAUCGUUGUGGUUUUAUGUCGGCUCAGAUACGUCAUUGUGGUUUUAUGUCGGCUCAGACACAUCAUUGUAGUUUUAUGUCGCCUCGGAUACAUACAUCAUUGUGGUUUUUUGUCGCCUCAGACACAUCAUUGUAGUUUUAUGUCGCCUCGGAUACAUCAUUGUGGUUUUUUGUCGCCUCAGACACAUCAUUGUGGUUUUAUGUCGCCCCGGAUACAUCAUUGUGGUUUUUUGUCGCUUCAGAUACACCACUGUGGUUUUAUGUCGCCUCGGAUACAUCAUUGA